GUUUGUUUUCUUCUAUCUGUUUUCUUUCCAAACGUAGAAGCCGAGCUAAGACUUCUCAGCAACGCGCGUCCGUCUUCUCUCCUCUCUGUUCUCGUUUUUUCCGUUUUCGUCUUGUCUUGUUCUUCCUCGUUUGUCCUUCUCUCUCGCCUGUGUUUCUCGUCAGCAGUUUUGCGUCUCCUUUCUCGAGCAGUCUCCCCCUUUUUCUUCUCUCUACCUCCUUCUCUUUCUCUUCUCUUCUUCGUCUUCUGGUCUUCGUUCUCUCGCCUUUGCCUCCUCCCUUUCCUUCACUUCUUCCCUUCCCCCUUCCUCUCGUCUCUCCUCUGCUCUGACUCUCCUUCGUCGCCACUUGUCGCCGAAUGUCGCAGCCGCCGCCUCAUGGCGACGAGGCAGAGCGCCUGCAUGUCACUGUGCCGUUUGCAGACUCGAGGGCGGGGCGCGGAUGUCCUCGCGCUUCUCUCCUCUCUUCCUCUGCUUCCUCUUCUGCUUCCUCUGCUGCUUCCGAUGUAGUUGUCCCUGUUUUUCUGCGCCCGAGAGGCGAGGAGAUGGAGACUCUGUCGGUCUUUGGAGACGAGAAGCGCUUCUUCACCGCACCCUUCACAUCCUCUUCUCUCAGUCUUGACCCCACUCCUGCCCCAGAGGCGAGUGCGCCGCAGCAAGACUCUUCUUCUGCCUCCGCCUCGUCGUCUCUCUCUUCAUUUCUUGCUACGUUUUUCCUCUCUGCGAAUCGGUCUGCCUCUCCUCGCUCUCUCGACGCCGAGUCUGUCUCUCUCCCUCGCGGUGAGGAUGCUGAAAAUGUCCUGCGGCAUCCGGCCGUCUCCGCGCAUGCAGCGGCCGCACCGGCUUCCGCGCGAGGUCCCCUGACUCCAGCGACUGCCGAAACUGCCUCCAGUCCGCCACUGCGUCUGCAAGCCGCGGCGCCGCUCGCCCCAGAGACCGACUCCGCUUUGGGCUCCAGGGUGUCUCCGGUGGUCGACCGCUCGACAGGAGACAGAGGUCAAUCGAAUGCAGGUUCGUCGCUGCAGUCGUCUGGCGAAAAAGGGGGAAGUCUCGGCGAGGGUGUCGACACUGCCGCGCCGCAUCUGCGCGGGUGUCUCGACACUCCGCCCACGUCGUCUGUGCCGCUCUGCUCGUCCUUCCCCUCGGACGCGCCUCUGCAGUGUACAGACAUCCAAGAGACGCCGGCGCGGACGCCGCAGUCUCUGGAGACACCCCUCGCUUCCUCGCUCUUCGCGCUUUCGCACAUCGCGCCGCUCGCGACGGCUCAGCUCUUCCCUCUCGCUGAAGAACAGAAGGAUACUCUAGGCCUCGCCGACUCUCCCCGUCCGGCCGCCCGGGCGCCUCUCGCAGGACGCUGCAGUCGGUGCGCGGCAGCCUCGCGCCGGAGUGUGGGCGCCGCUCUCGACACUGGGGUGUGUCUCUCCUGCGCCCUCGCGUUUCUCACGUCUCUCUCCCUCGAGGAGAAAGCCGUCGGCGCCGAGGCGUACGUGGGCGCGGCUGUCUCUGCUCGCCCCCGCACGGAGACAGUCCCCACCGGCUCGGGCUCCUUGGGCUGUGGGGUCUUGGGCUCGCAGGCGAGUGCUUCCGCACCCGGGAGUGUGGGCGCGGUUGUCUGUCUCUCAAGUUCGGAGACGCAGCUGCUGCUCGAGGAGGAGGCAGCGGAGGCUGCAGGUUCUAGACAGCAGCGGCUGCUGCGGGGCGCGGGAGACGCCGCGCAGACCAUCGAGAAGUUUCUUUUUCUUCUGCAUGCGCUGGAGGCGGCGGAGCCUGCGGCGCGGACUGAGGACCAGAAACAGCUCCUCAAGUUCCUCAGGGACGGCGAGGCGGCCCCCGCCCGCGCCCUCCUCGACCGGGUGUAUGCGGAGACACCUGGACGGAUCCGUGUGGACGAAGAGACGCCUGUGGAGUCUCUGGGGGUCGAGAGCGUCCGCGUGAUCGUCGGCUAUCAGGACGCAUGCGUCGCUUGUUUCUCGCAGGUUCGUGACCGGCCCGCGGCGCGCGAGAUGUAUGUACACCACGCGGAGCCGCGGAGGGAGGAGCAGCAGGCUCGCAGUCGGGAGACUUGGCCUCAUCUCCUCGAGUCGAUCGUUGCCUCCUUGCCCUGGGUGAGGGCGAGAAACCGCCGAGAGAAGCAGCAAGAGACACACGCGCAGAGACACCGGGCUGGCUACGGUGAGCUGGAGAGUCCUGCAGACUCUCGCUGUUUGUUCCCGCGAGACAGGGACGAGAUGGGGGGCUCGAGGAAGAGACACUUGUUUGCUAUCUUUCGGCGCAGAGAAACAGCGAGAGGCAGAGGCGAAGACGACCAGCAACUCCGUGGGAAUCUCCGCGCUUUCUCUUGUGAAAAGAAGAGACCAGGCGAUGCGCGGUUUCUCCCCAGUGCGACUGCCAGCGGCCUCAGGAAGGCCAUGGGCCGAGGUGUUUAUACAGCCAAGAAGCGCCGGAAACGAGGCGUCUCCUACGCCCAGUUCCUCUUUCCUUCUCACUUCUCCUACGACCCUUACGCCUUGGACAACAUGCGUUUUCAACAGGGACGACACCAGACCGUCAUGUGCAUGCUCGGCGCGAGUGUCUCGAUCAUUCCCUACUUUCCUCCGCAGCAACUCAAGGAAGAACUCAAUCUUCAGUUUCACAAGAUGCACCCUUCUGUCCAUCCGUCCAUGACGCUCUCCAAACUCAGAAGCCUCAAACUCGAAAUGUUUGCGUUAAUCGAACAAGAGGAACAGCUCGACGUCUCGACUGUCGCCUGCGCUUGGGUGUACUUUGAACGGCUGGUGCAGAUGGGUGCGGUGGACAAGUCUGUGAGGAAGCUGUUCGCGGGCGCGUGUCUCCUGCUGGCUUUCAAAUUCAACCAGAACGGAGAGCCCAAACUUGUGCAGAGACUCUGCUCGCUGCUCAAACACCUCGACCGACAGCGCGGCCUUCCUGCUCAUGCCCUUUGCCAAGCCGAGUUCACGGUCUUUGGGCUUCUCGGCUUCUCGCUUCAGCUGUCAAUUGAACAUGUUCUGCCGCACAUUCUCCACUACCUCGAGUCGAAAGACACGGCGUUCGAAGAGGUGUACGGUUCGCCAGAGACUGCCUUCUUCAGCGCCUGAACAGCGAACCACUGAGAAACAAAGAAGAGGAUGCAGAGAAAAAGAAGAAGCAGAGAAAAAGAAGAGGCCGAAGAGAAGAAGAAGCAGAGAGAACGAAGAAGCAAAGGAGAGGAAAAAAAUGGGAGAGAUCGCGAGCGACAGUAGCACGUAUACACGGAAGGAGAUCAGGUGUUUCAGGCGAGAUGAAAGGAUCCUUCCAAAGAAGAAGCGGAAAGGAUGUCGACGAUGUGUGAAGCAUGUCCGGCAAGAACUACUGGAAAGAAGGACAGGCCGAGAGGAGAAAAAGGAGACACGAAGCAGACGCAGAGAGAAGAGAGGCAAGGACGUCGUAGCAUCGAAGGCCUUCUCUUGACUUUCUGGGUUUGUUCGCUCCAGUCUCUGUCGUCUUGCUUUUCUUUUUUUCGUUUUCCCGGUAGCGUUUUGGAUUCGUUUUCAUCUGAUUGCCUCAAAAGAGAAUAGGAGGAGAAAGGUGCCGGCUCCAUUUGUAUGUGUGACGGAAAACCUUAGAAUCCCCUGCCGAGUCGAGUCCAGGAAGAGGUCCCUGCUGUGAAGUGUACAUACACCUGAGGAAGACAGAAGGCGCGACGAAAGCGCCUCAUUUUCUCGUGAACGAGACUCGACCUGCA